CACUUCAUCCACAAAAACAUCUCUAUUGUUGAACGCAUUCAUCUGCUGUUGCGAGUCCCAGAUCGCCUCUCCCCGUACUCCAACACUGCAAAUAGAAAAGCCCCCUCCCCUUCGGGCAAAACCGUCGAGCACCUUGCCUGCUUAAGCCCCCGCGCCUCAAUCCCUGGCCCCCGUCCCGCGAGAUGGUCUCCAUGGCGGCGGCGGCGGCGGCCGUGGGCGUGCUGCUGCCGUUCCCCUUCUACUACGCGCUGUGGACCCACCCGCAGCGGUGGGUGGACCUGUGCGGCCGCGGCGCCGACCCGUGCCGCCGCAUGGCGCAGGUCUCCCACGCCCUCAAGGCGCUCCAGCUCCUGGCCCUCGCCUCCGUGGCCUCCUUCUCCUGGCCCCCGCCGCUCUACUGCCCCGUCCUCCUCGCCGUCGGCCAGUACCUCAACUUCAAGGUGUACCAGCUGCUUGGCGAGUCUGGCACCUACUACGGCGUUCGAUUAGGGAAGAAGAUCCCGUGGGUGACAGAGUUUCCCUUUGGCUACAUCAAGGACCCCCAGUAUGUCGGGAGCAUGCUCAGCCUUGCCGCGCUCCUGUGCUGGGUCCCGCUCCAGUAUGUGCUGCUGUGGUGUCUUGGUUACGUCUUCAUGAUGUGGGUCGAGCACGAGGAAGACCCUGCCACCCGUGCGAAGCCGCUCUCCUGAUCGCUUAGCUGUCGCAACUGAUACUUCCCAACAGGGCGCCCCCAGUGAGACUGACGAUGCCUGAAUCUUCAUCUUCAAAUUCUGGUGUAUACCUUACUGUGGCACCCUGAUCUGUUCUUGAGUAAUUUGUGUCAAGGAAUAUGGUUACAGACUCGUAUCCGAUUGUGACGAGAUCACCUCUGUAUCCUGCGCCAAUUUGCGAUCUGGGGCCGCUUUGUUU